AUGCCGUAUGGCGAGACUGCCUUCGAAAGGGCUGAUCACGUGCAGUCAGCAUCGUGCAAUGAGUAUAAAGCCAUCACAUCCCGCUGUACUCGUACAUGGGUGCGGCAAGCCGUGUCAGCGGCAUGGACGGUCAAAGAGGCCCGCGCAGAGGCCUUUGACAUGCUCAGGAAAGCCGUGCCUCAAGAUGCGCCGGAGAUCGUACGCGUGUACCUCGCGACGUGGCGCUCACACGGCUCGGUUUUGCUGAGGACCGGCGAGUCUGCCACGGCGUCUGCGCUGGAUGACGAGGCACAGGCACAGCAGGAACAGCUGAAACGCUUCACUUCCUUCCUGGAGUCAGGGCAGCGCCACUUCAUUGUCGCUGAAGAUGACGACGCACCGAACCAGCAGCGCCUGCGUGCCUUCAUCAGCUUCGGGCCGAGCUACACUCGCGAUGGCUUUGGAGAGGUCAUGCAGCUUUUUGUGCAUCCUGCCUUUCAACGCCGUGGCCUGGGGAGCAAACUCCUGAAAGCAGCGUGGCUUGAACUUCGUGGUCGGACGUGGUCCAAGAUGGGCUGCCAUGUUUGGUGCACGAAAGGCAAUCCUGCGAACCGUGUCUACGAGCAGGCGGGCUGGUUCUCGACCGGCCGGCAGAAGAGUCUGAAGCCGAGCCUCAGCAAGGAUCCUGUCGAGGUGGAGGAGUUCCAAGCGCCCGAAGCACCGCAAGUGGCCAAAGGCCAGAAAAGCUGGCAGAGGUUUCUUCUUGGGUUGGCGAUAGGGAUCCUUGUGGGCGCCAUCAUGAAGGCUGCUAUUCUGCGUGGACGAAGCUCUUGA